AUGUCGCAAGGCUACGAGUUGACGCAUCGAGCGUCACCCCGUCAAUCGCUCGACCAUCCCGAAGACUACCGCUUGUCUACCUCAUCGUCGCGCGAUUCCAUCUCAUCCUCAAUCAAUGAACUCGAUCCUCUCAAAGCCUCAAACAAACCAUACAAGGACGACACAUCGCAAGCACCCAAUUCAGUAUUCGUCACACGCCGUCGCUCAACAUGGCGUCGGUACUUGGUUCCAUCUCGCAUGUGCUGCAUGAUGGUCCUGCUCUUCGUUGCCGCUCUGGUCCUGCUUUUGAGUGCCGGAGGCAUCUGGGUCUAUAAGACCGAGCCCGAGGGCGGCAAGAGUGAUCCGUGGUAUCCGUCACCAAGAGGAGGUACCGUUGCUGCUUGGGAAGAGGCGUACAAGAAGGCUGCUGCCCUGGUCUCUCAGAUGUCUGUCGUCGAGAAAGUCAACAUCACUACUGGUACUGGCUGGGAGAUGGGCAUGUGCGUGGGAAAUACUGGCCCUGUUGAACGAUUGGGUUUCCCUUCUCUCUGCUUGCAGGACGGCCCUCUUGGUCUCAGAUUCGCCGAUAAUAUUACUGCCUUCCCUGCUGGCAUUACCCUCGGAUCUACCUGGAACAAGGAACUGAUCUACCUCAAGGGCCGCGCCCAUGGCCGUGAAGCUUACGGCAAGGGUGUUCACAUCGUGCUUGGCCCGAGCAUGGGUCCUUUCGGUCGCUUGCCCGCUGGCGGAAGAAAUUGGGAAGGAUUCGGUUCAGAUCCCGUUCUGCAAGGUCUCGCUGCUGCUUCGAUGAUCCGCGGUAUCCAAGAGGAGGGCAUUAUUGCGACUGCAAAACACUACAUUGCCAACGAACAGGAGCACUUCCGCCAGAGCUGGGAAUGGGGUACUCCCAACGCUAUUAGUAGCAACAUUGACGACAGAACUCUGCAUGAGAUUUACGCCUGGCCAUUCGCUGAGAGUGUCAAGGCUGGUGUUGGUAGUGUCAUGUGUUCGUACAAUCAGGUCAACCAGAGUUAUGCCUGCCAGAACAGCAAGCUGCUCAACGGCAUUCUCAAGGAUGAGAUGGGCUUCCAAGGCUUCGUGCAAAGUGACUGGCUCGCCCAAAGAAGCGGUGUUGCUUCUGCUCUUGCUGGUCUUGACAUGAGCAUGCCUGGUGAUGGUCUCCGCUGGACGGACGGCCAAUCUGUCUGGGGUGGUGAACUAACCAAAGCCGUCUUCAACGGAAGUGUGCCAAUGGAGCGUCUCAACGAUAUGGUGUUGCGUGUUGUCGCUGCUUGGUACCAAUUCGGUCAAGACGACAAGUCAAAGUGGCCUGCCGAGAAGGACGGCGGUGGUCCAAACUUCUCGUCAUGGACAAACGACGAAAUUGGUUUGUUGCAUCCCGGAAGCAAUGACACUACCAAGGGAGUCGUCAACAAGUUCGUCAAUGUCCAGGGCGAAGGUAAAGACGCUCACAGUAAACUGGCUCGCCAGAUUGCUGCCGAGGGUACUGUUUUGCUCAAGAACGAUGACCAUGUUCUUCNNCCUCUAAACCGUGAUGGCAAGAAAAUGACCAAGAACGGCGAAAAGCUUCGUGUCGCCAUCUUUGGUGAAGACGCUUUCAACAAUGGCAAGGGACCCAAUGCUUGCGCAGACCGUGCCUGCAACGAAGGAACUCUUGCCCAAGGCUGGGGAUCCGGUACCGUCGAGUUCCCUUACCUUACUGCCCCUGCCGAGGGUAUCCACCGCGGGUUUGAUGUCGAGAGCGUCACUCUUGCCGACUACCCUUCCAACUACCAAGACUUGGAUAAGCAUUCUUCGCGCGCGACCGAUCAGGACCUGUGUUUUGUCAUGAUCAACAGCGAUGGCGGAGAAGGCUACGUUGCUUGGAAGGAUAUCAAAGGUGACCGCAAUGAUCUUUACGCUCAGAAGGGCGGCGACGAGCUGGUACAAAAGGUGGCAGCUAAGUGCGGUGGUCCCACAAUUGUCGUUGUCCAUUCCGUCGGUCCCGUCAUUCUAGAGAAGUGGAUUGAUCUACCUGGAGUAAAGGCUGUACUGUACGCCAACCUGCCAGGGCAAGAGAGUGGCAGUGCUUUGGAUGCUAUCAUUUUUGGAGAUGUCAAUCCUUCAGGUCGCCUGCCAUACACGAUUGCUAAGCAUGAAGAUGACUACGGCCCGACAAGCAAGAUUCUUUACCGCCCCAACGCUGUGAUCCCUCAACAGAACUUUUCGGAAGGCUUGUACAUCGACUACCGCUACUUUGACAAGCACAAUAUUGAGCCACGCUAUGAGUUCGGCUUUGGUCUUUCAUACACGACCUUCCACCUCAGCAGUCUGUUCAUCCACCCUGUGGCCACUGAAUACGCUACUCUCCCUGCAAAGCGUCCGGCAGCCCUCAACCCUCCCCAUCUGGGCGUGUCUAUCCCAGAUGCACGUACAGCACUCUGGCCUGAAAACUUCAUCGCUCUCAAGAAGUACAUCUACCCCUACAUCAAGUCAGUGGACGAAAUCAAGACUGGCAAAUAUCCUUACCCUAAGGGCUAUGAGAUUGCUCAACCCCCUCGCCAGNCAGGUGGAGCAGAAGGCGGAAAUCCUGACCUCUACACCCCCAUCGCUGUCGUCCAAGCUUCCCUCACAAACACUGGAUCCCUGCCUGGCGACUGUGUAGUCCAACUUUACAUCUCCUACCCCUCCACUCCCAUCACCGACUCUUUGGGCAAUGUCGUCGACUUCCCUGUUCGCGUGUUACGUGCAUUCGAUAAGCUGUUCGUCACUCCCGAGAAGAGAGUAGAGGUUUCUCUGGAGUUGACUAGAAAGGAUUUAUCGUUCUGGGACGUUGGAUUUCAGAAUUGGGUCUUGCCGAUGGGAGAGUUUGAAUUGCAGUUAGGAUUCUCCUCAAGAGAUGUUCAGCAGAAGGGCAAGUUCAGUACUGAGCCUUUGUUUGCUUAG